GCUCCCAAGAAAAGAGUCGAUAUGAUUCUUGGAAAAUUCCCCCAAGGAAAAAGUUUACAAGUCGAAGCUCUCUUGAGCAAACCGUCCCCUCAAUCUAGCCCCGACUCGAGGGUGGACUGUAUCCUAGGAGGAUCAGAUAUAUGUCAAGACUCCGUCAACUCCAUUAAGAAUCACGUACGGAAGGCUGUGUCUAACACUGGACCUAAGCCUCCUAACCCUGAGUCCAAUACUAAGAUUUCCUUCUGGGAAAGCGAGACCUCAAACCUUGACAGACCUCACGAUGAUGCGUUGAUUGUCACCCUGAACAUCGCAGGAUACGAGGUCCCUAAACUCAUGAUAGACACAGGAAGCUCUGUUGACCUUAUCUUCUACAACACCCUAAAAGGGAUGGAAAUAGACGACUACGAAAUUAUUGGCCAAAAAACAAAAAAGGAGCUCAUUGACUUCCUGAAAAGCAAUGUCAAAACUUUUGCAUGGUCCACCAAUGACAUGAAAGGCAUAGAUCCGAACGUCACCACCCAUAAACUAAAAGUAGACCCCACUUUCAAACCGAUCAAACAAAAGUGUCGCAAGCUAGGCCUCGAAAAGGCUCAAGCUGUUAACGACGAAGUUGACCGACUUACGAAAGCUGGAUCCAUUCGAGAGGUACACUACCCUGACUGCUUCCCGUUACCUCACAUCGACCGCCUGGUUGAAGCAACAGCUGGCCAUCGACUCCUAUCCUUCAUGGAUGCCUUCUCAGGAUACAACCAAAUCAUGAUGGAUCCUGAGGACCAGGAGAAAACUGCAUUCAUAACCGAACGAGGAACCUAUUGUUACAAGGUUAUGCCAUUCGGAUUAAAGAACGCAGGAGCUACCUAUCAGAGGCUAGUAAAUAAGAUGUUUGCUGGGCAACUCGGAAAAACCAUGGAGGUCUAUAUUGACGAUAUGCUAGUCAAAUCCUCAGCUGGAGAAGACCAUAUCUCCCACUUAAGGGAAUGCUUCGAUAUCCUCAAUAAAUACGAUAUGAAGCUCAAUCCCACUAAAUGUACCUUCGGGGUACCCUCAGGCGAGUUCCUAGGAUUCAUAUCCAAAUCCACCGAUAAGUGCCUCCCAUUCUACAAACUUCUAAGAAAUAAUAAGAAGUUUUUAUGGGACGAGAAAUGUGAGGAAGCCUUCAAACAAUUGAAAGCUUACCUAUCUGAACCUCUGAUCCUAUCCAAACCUGUAGUAGAAGAGCCAUUGUACAUGUACCUUGCCGUAUCGACUGCUGCAGUUAGCGGUGUCCUAGUACGAGAAGAACAAAACGAACAAAGGCCCGUCUAUUACACCAGCAAGAGUUUUAUAGACGCCGAAACAAGGUACCCUGCAAUGGAAAAAUUAGCGCUAGCAGUCGUAACAGCUGCCAGAAAAUUACGACCUUACUUCCAAUCGCACUCAAUCAUCGUAAUGACCUCACAACCAUUACGAAUGAUAUUGCACAGCCCUAGCCAGUCAGGGCGAUUGGCUAAAUGGGCCAUAGAGCUCAGUGAAUACGACAUUGAGUAUAGACCUCGAGCAGCAGCGAAGGCUCAGGUCAUUGCCGACUUUGUCAUUGAGCUACUAGUAGCUAGCCAGUUUCACGGAGAAUAUGAAACGAGGGAUGAAAGAAUGGGGGCAUGUCUCGAAGUCGUCCAGAACCUCACUAAGCAGUUCGACAAAUUCGAGCUAACAAGGAUCCCACGAGGAGAGAACUCCUCAGCAGAUGCGUUGGCUGCUUUAGCCUCCACAUCGGACCCCCUCGUAAAACGGAUCAUACCCGUAGAAAGAAUCGAAAAACCACCUAAUCUCACGAAUACCUCCGGAGGCACCAACUCAGACCCACUCGUCUGCAGAGUUAAAACCAGAAGCCGUUCAGCCCUCCAAAAUUCAUCUGGGGACACCAUCCAGACUCCGGAGAAUAAUGAAGAAAUUGGAGGUAUUCCUCGAAAUUUAGACUCCCUGGAGCCUAAUCCUACGAAUACCUCCGGGGGCACCACGACACCAGGUCCCGAACAGGAACCUCCUUCGUCUCUUCACAACAAAGUUGUAGGGAGACAGGAUUGGAGAAUACCAAUCGCGCAAUACAUCCUGGAAGGAAAGACCCCACCCAAUAAAUGGGAGGCUCGGAAGCUCAAAGCAUUAAGCGCGAGAUACUGCAUAAUCGAGUAUGUCCUCCACAAACGAAGCGUUUCCGGACCUUACCUAAAAUGUGUCCAUGGCCUCGUUGCUAUGAGACUCAUGAAGGAAAUGCACGACGGCUCCUGCGGGAACCACUCUGGAGGAAGAGCUCUGGCCAUCAGAAUCAAAAGACAUGGCUAUUUCUGGCCUACCGUUAUUGCAGACUGUGAGGUCUACUCCUCUUCAUGCGACAAGUGCCAGAGGCAUGCACCGAUUAUACACCAACCUGCGGAGAAGCUAUCCAACAUAUCCGCCCCUUACCCAUUUAUGAGGUGGUCCAUGGACAUCGUAGGACCACUAGUAGCGUCAGGAAGUGGAAAGAAGAAGCUACGCUUCCUCUUAGUCCUAACAGACUAUUUCACGAAAUGGAUAGAGGCUGAAGCUUUCCAACAGGUAACCAGAGUCGAGGUCGAACGAUUCGUGUGGAAAGAAAUCGUGUGUAGACACGGCGUCCCAUAUGAAAUCGUAACCGACAAUGGAGGACAGUUCAUAUCCCAUGACUUCAAAAUAUUUUGUGACAAAUGGAAUAUUCGCCUGACCUUCUCAACACCUCGACGAGCUCAAGGAAACGGC